AUGGUGGGUUCGUGGGAUGGAGUUUGGAGGAGUCUGGAUAAAUUAUUCUUCAGGGCUUGAAGAAAGGCAUCACUGAGGAAGUGAUGUUUAAGCUGUAUUUUCAUCAAGCAGGCAUGGAGAAAGAAGGGUAUUUCAGCGUGAGCCCAGCCAAAACAGGUGUGGAAACAUGAUAAGGACUUUGUAUUCUCAGAACUCUUACUAGCCUCUCAUUAUGACUAGAGUUUACAGUAUCAGGUGUGAGGAAUGUGGAAGAUGGGUGGGGGAGCAGUGGCCUGCUGUGAGAUAUCAGGUUAGAAAGAAAAUGAACUCUCUUGUUUACCUUACUGAAGAGUCUGAAUGUUAUGCAGGCAACGAGGGAUCAUUGAAGCUUCUUAUUCUCAUAGAAGAAUGCUAUGACUGAUCUGGUAUAUGUUUUAGAAUGAUCACCCUGGAUUAUCAGGUAAAAAUGCUGUCUUAAACAUAGUGUUCUACAUUUGCUCCCUAAGACUCCCUGAAAAUGACAGUAACAGGAUUUUUAAAGUCAUACACCCUUAAGGAUUAAAGAAAAGGAAUGGAAAUGAAAUUCUGGAAUCAAUAGCAAAGGGCUCAGUUGACUUGAAAAACCUGAAUUCUAAACCCCCAGUGAGCAAAACCAACAAGCAAUUCUAUUUGUAUCACAGAACCCCCUAAAAAGCUAAGAAACUGGCUUCAGGAAGUAGAAGUGAAGAGGGUACCUAAAAGGACUGGAAGUUCAUUUAGGAGAGUGUUAUAUCCUUUACGCCACCCCCGGCCCCCGCCUUAUUCUGAAGGCUUUUUUUAUUGUUUCAGGAGUAAAACGGAGUCUCUGUAAUGGAGGACAUCAGGCACCUAAAACAAAGAGAAUUAAGUGAAAAUUGUACUAAAUUCUGAGACAUACCCCAGCCUCCAUACCCCUCCUCUCCCACUUGAUUUUCAACAAACGUCCCAUGGGCUCAACAGCUUCCAAUCAACUUUUAAAUAUACCCCCCACUUACAUAUGAGCAGAUAAGGACCACCAGACAUCCUAGGAAAGCCUCUAAUGUGAAAGAUAGAGCACAAAAUCAACAGAAGAAAGAAAAAGGAAACGAGGGAAAUAGAUACUGCAAGGGAAGAAAAACUUUAAAAAAGGUAUCAUUAAUAUCAGAGUUGGAUGAUGAUACUGGAAUAAUAAAACAUCAUUUUGGCAGCAAUUCAGAGUCAACUGGAGGCAAACAAAACUGAAAACGUUUUAGGAAAAAGCUGACCAAGAAGACCUGAACUAAAGUAGCAGUAAUGGCGAUGAACAUGACACUUAAAAAACGCAGGUUCUAGGCCCCUCACUAGAAAACUAGGGGAUGAACCUCCGGGGAUGGAGUCCAGGAAUUUGGAAUCUUCUAAAACAUCACCACUGGCAAUUCUGAUGUGGCCAGCUGGGUGCUGGUCUCAAGACUGAGAACUAGAGGACAUAGGGUCUAAUCGGAUGUAAGAGGGUGAUGUUUUUAUUCUCACCUGAUGAACGAGAAUACUGCGGCUCAAAAUUCAAGAGUCUUGCCCAGAGUUUUUUGGCAAGUACGAAAGGGUUAUGGCUCCAAACUGGUUAGCUCCGAAGUCCUUGCAAACCCUGUCCGAGACCAUGCGCGACCCCAAGGAGCGCCUGAGCAGAUAACCAAAAGUGAAAAAGCCUAUAGACCUCUUCACUCAAGUUAGCGCCUCGGCUUCAGGAGAGGCAGCGCCAGCUCCACGCAGCCUGCCCGGGGUCGCUCGCACUGACGUCACAUAGCGACGCGGAAGAUUUACGUAUGGUGCCUCGCUCUGGGAUAGCUUUACGGCUUCUGGGAGCUGCUGCUUCGCUGUGAGAAGUAUCCGCGACGAGCUAUCCGGGAAAGGGCCGAAUGCGAUCAAACCUAAUCCGCGAGACUUGCUAAGUCUCAAACAUUUGGGCAUUAAUAAGUUUAGUAUUCUCUACUGCAGAGAAUGUUAUUUGUGACUCAAUGAAUGAAAAUGAAAACCUGAGACAACAAGAAUGGAUUUUACCUUAAAUGUCUGUAGCAACCAUUGGGAAAAUGGAAAGAAACAUCUUAAUUAUCGUAUAGAAGUGGUUCUGUGCUACAAAUUGAUGUUUAGAUAAACUUCAGUGAAAUGACUCUUCAGGAAUUGGUGCAUAAGGCUGCCUCCUGUUAUAUGGACAGAGUAGCUGUAUGUUUUGAUGAAUGCAACAACCAGCUUCCAGUUUACUACACCUACAAGACUGUGGUUAAUGCUGCUUCUGAAUUAUCAAAUUUUCUGCUGUUACACUGUGACUUUCAAGGAAUUCGGGAAAUUGGUCUCUACUGCCAACCUGGGAUAGACUUACCCUCUUGGAUUUUAGGAAUUCUCCAAGUCCCAGCUGCUUAUGUACCUAUCGAGCCAGAUUCACCACCGUCAUUAUCAACUCAUUUUAUGAAAAAAUGUAAUCUAAAGUAUAUCCUUGUUGAAAAAAAACAAAUUAAUAAAUUUAAAUCUUUUCAUGAAACAUUAUUGAACUAUGAUACAUUUACAGUGGAACAUAAUGACCUAGUGCUCUUCAGACUUCACUGGAAAAAUACUGAGGUGAACUUGAUGCUAAAUGAUGGAAAAGAGAAAUAUGAAAAAGAAAAAAUAAAAAGCAUAAGUUCUGAGCAUGUCAAUGAAGAAAAAGCAGAAGAACACAUGGAUCUGAGGCUAAAGCAUUGCUUAGCCUAUGUUCUACAUACAUCAGGGACUACAGGGAUACCGAAGAUUGUCAGAGUGCCUCAUAAGUGUAUAGUACCAAAUAUCCAGCAUUUUCGGGUACUUUUUGACAUCACACAAGAAGAUGUUUUGUUUCUGGCUUCACCUCUGACCUUCGAUCCUUCUGUUGUGGAAAUAUUUCUUGCUCUAUCAAGUGGUGCCUCUCUGCUUAUUGUACCAACUUCCGUCAAGUUGCUCCCAUCAAAAUUAGCCAGCGUUCUCUUUUCCCAUCAUAGGGUGACUGUUUUGCAGGCAACACCAACAUUGCUUAGAAGAUUUGGAUCUCAGCUUAUCAAGUCAACUGUUUUGUCAGCCACUACUUCUCUUCGAGUAUUAGCCCUUGGUGGUGAAGCGUUUCCAUCAUUGACAGUUCUCAGAAGCUGGAGAGGAGAAGGCAAUAAAACACAAAUAUUUAAUGUUUAUGGUAUCACAGAGGUAUCAAGUUGGGCGACCAUUUAUAGGAUUCCAGAGAAGACUCUUAACUCUACUCUCAAAUGUGAAUUGCCUGUACAACUGGGAUUUCCACUUCUUGGAACAGUAGUUGAAGUCAGAGAUACUAAUGGCUUCACAAUUCAGGAAGGCAGUGGCCAAGUAUUUUUAGGUGGCAGAAACAGAGUGUGUUUUCUUGAUGAUGAAGUGACAGUACCACUUGGCACAAUGCGAGCUACAGGAGACUUUGUGACUGUGAAAGAUGGAGAGAUUUUUUUUUUGGGACGAAAAGACAGUCAGAUCAAACGUCAUGGCAAACGUCUUAACAUUGAACUUGUGCAACAGGUUGCUGAAGAGCUUCAGCAAGUGGAGUCUUGUGCAGUUACAUGGUAUAAUCAGGAAAAAUUAAUUCUCUUCAUGGUGUCUAAAGAUGCUUCAGUAAAAGAAUACAUCUUUAAAGAACUGCAGAAAUAUCUUCCAAGUCAUGCAGUCCCGGAUGAGCUUGUAUUGAUCGAUUCUCUACCAUUGACAUCCCACGGCAAAAUUGAUGUUUCUGAGUUAAACAAGAUAUAUUUAAACUACAUAAACUUGAAGUCUGAGAAUAAGCUCAGUGGGAAAGAGGACCUUUGGGAAAAAUUACAGUAUUUGUGGAAGUCUACUCUGAAUCUCCCAGAAGAUCUUUUGAGGGUUCCUGAUGAGUCACUCUUCUUAAAUAGUGGUGGAGAUUCCUUAAAGUCCAUCCGGCUCCUCAGUGAGAUUGAAAAACUUGUUGGUACAUCAGUACCUGGGCUUCUGGAAAUUAUUCUCAGCAGUUCCAUUUUAGAGAUUUAUAAUCACAUCCUUCAAACAGUGGUUCCAGAUGAAGAUGUGACAUUCAGGAAGAGUUGUGCCACAAAAAGGAAACUCAGCGACAUUAAUCAAGAGGAAGCCAGUGGAACAUCUUUACAUCAGAAAGCCAUCAUGACUUUCACUUGCCAGAAUGAGAUUAAUGCUUUUGUUGUACUGAGCAGAGGGAGUCAAAUUUUGUCUCUGAAUUCCACUAGGUUUUUAACAAAGUUAGGACAUUGCUCUUCAGCCUGUCCUUCUGACUCAGUUUCACAGACCAACAUUCAAAAUUUGAAAGACUUAAAUUCUCCAGUUCUUAUUGGGAAGUCAAAAGAUCCAUCCUGUGUUGCAAAAGUUUCUGAAGAGGGGAAACCUGCGAUAGGGCCUCAGAAAAUGGAGUUACAUGUGAGGUGGAGGUCAGACACAGGCAAAUGUGUAGAUGCUUCACCGCUGGUUGUAAUACCCACUUUUGAUAAGUCAUCUACAACUGUGUACAUUGGUUCCCAUUCUCAUAGAAUGAAGGCAGUUGACUUUUACUCUGGGAAGGUAAAAUGGGAACAGAUUUUGGGAGAUCGAAUUGAAUCCUCAGCAUGUGUAUCUAAGUGUGGAAACUUUAUUGUGGUGGGCUGUUAUAAUGGAUUAGUUUAUGUUCUGAAAAGUAAUAGUGGAGAAAAAUACUGGAUGUUUACUACUGAAGAUGCUGUCAAAAGCUCGGCAACCAUGGAUCCAACCACAGGACUCAUUUACAUUGGAUCUCAUGACCAGCACGCAUAUGCUUUAGAUAUUUAUAGAAAGAAGUGUGUUUGGAAGUCAAAAUGUGGAGGAACUGUCUUUUCCUCUCCGUGUUUGAACCUGAUUCCACAUCAUUUGUAUUUUGCUACAUUGGGAGGACUUUUACUGGCUGUAAAUCCUGCUACUGGGAACGUUAUUUGGAAACAUUCCUGCGGAAAACCACUCUUCUCUUCCCCACGAUGUUGCUCACAGUAUAUUUGUAUUGGCUGUGUAGAUGGGAAUUUACUCUGCUUUACUCACUUUGGAGAACAGGUUUGGCAGUUCUCUACCAGUGGACCAAUCUUUUCAUCCCCGUGUACCUCACCAUCAGAGCAAAAAAUAUUUUUUGGUUCCCAUGAUUGCUUUAUCUACUGUUGUAACAUGAAAGGUCACCUGCAGUGGAAAUUUGAAACUACUUCAAGGGUCUAUGCAACACCGUUUGCUUUCCAUAACUACAAUGGCAGCAAUGAAAUGUUGCUGGCAGCAGCAUCUACUGAUGGGAAAGUGUGGAUCUUGGAAUCUCAGAGUGGACAAUUGCAAAGUGUUUAUGAACUUCCUGGAGAAGUCUUCUCUUCUCCUGUGGUCCUGGAAUCAAUGCUCAUUAUUGGGUGUAGAGAUAAUUAUGUUUAUUGUCUGGAUUUAUUGGGUGGCAAUCAAAAAUAAUCAAAUACAGUCCUUAUUUGUAUAACAAAUGUGAGAUAUUUGAAAAUAUUUUACCAUUAUACAGCAUGUGGACUUAUUUUAUAUUAAAGAAGAUUAUAUUUUGGCUAAGAAA